UUGCACAUAGAUUUACCUAGACCAUAACAACAAAAAAAAAGUUAAAAGGAGAAAAGAAUCCAUUUUAAUUGGUGGUCAAAACUGCCCAGAAAAAAAUGGCAAACUUUUGAAGGAUUCAAUUAAAUACCAUAAUUAAAACCUUUGAAAUUUCCGAAUAUACUAAACGAAAUUGUAAAAUGGUUCUAGAAACUAAGUCGUAUUACAUAUAUUUAAGUCGUAUUACAAAGACACAGUUGAAAAGGCAUUGUAGCGGUGGAGUAGAAGAGUUAAGCUUUCAAUUUCAGUUUUUCUACAUUUCAACUGAUCAAAUUCAACUGAUCUUCAGAUUUCCAUGAAUAUAAAAUCUCGGACUUGGUGCAGUCCGUUAUCUUGAUUAAUUCAUAAUCUUGUGUUAUAAGCAUUGUCCUUGCAUUCUCUAUAACGUGAAGGAUAUUACCCAAAGUCUUGAUCAUUUAAUUAUUUUCCUCAGUAAUUGCAACUGUCGCUUGAAGCUCGAAUACCUUGUACCCUUGCAAAAUAAGAUGAUGAAAAGCUAUAUAAUCUUUAGAUAGAUAAACUUAACAAGGUGAAACUUAAUAAACCGUAUCCCAACAAUCUAGCCCUAUAAGAAACAAAUUUAUAGGCAGACCCAAAGUUUCUUCUAUCUGCACUUGGUAAAGAGUUGAGAAGCUAGGCUCGAAGUCCUUUUUCCCAAGCAUACCGCUGCAGUGCCAGAAAAAAGAUACAAGAGAGAUUACCCACAACAAUAAUGAAAUGAGAAAAAUAAAUUAGAACACAUAUUUUAGAUGUACGUCAGAAUUAAAUGUAAGAAUUAAAAGUGAAACACAGAGGAAAUCGUAAAUAAACGCAAUGGAAAAACUGACGGUAAAUUUGAAUGGGAAUAGGAAAAUGGAGCUUGCGUCACGGAAAAGGUUGGCAGCACCGCAACCAGAUGCGACCCUGGGCAGGCAACUGUCAAAGACGCAAGGUAGGAGAAGUAAACAAAAAGCUCAAAAGGAAAGCAAAUGCGAACGAACGCGAAGAAAACGAACCCACAGCGAUUUAUAUGUCAGCUGGCCCAAAGCGCUUGUCUAGGGUCUCGCCUGUCAAAUAUCUACGACUGCCGAUUCGGAAAACAGACGCAGAUAGCGGCGCUCGUGAAAAAGCAAAUUCUCUGAAAAUUGUAAACGCGAAUAAAAUAAAACGAAACUCCAAAUAAAACUCAAUCAUAGACAAGACAAGAUCCUUGUUGCCUGCCUCUCUGCCGUAGUCUUCAGCCAUGGAGCGUACUGCCGUGCCCCGCGGCAAGCGUCCCAGGGUGCAGGUCUCCAUGGAUGACAAAGAGCGUGCGAUUGCGCGCAUACGCAAUGGCGAAACAAAGGCCGGCAUCUCACGGGAACUGGGCGUGCCGGAGUCCACGGUGCGCGGCUGGGUUAAGCGGGCCGAUCAGCGCAUGGCGCGCGAGGCGGGCGAGGGCACGGAGACUGCAUCGCCGCCCUCGUUGGUGGUGCACUCGUUGAAGCUACCCGCUAAGCGGGAUCACAAUGGCCAGCAGAGGACCCGCUCCAUAGCCCCAAUGCCCGUGGCCGUGCCGCUGCCCAUGCAGCUCUUCCAGCAGGCUGCCAGCAGUCAGCUGCAGCUGAAUGGCUGGCUGCACAUAUUCAAUGCGGGCAUCCUUAACUUCACGCUGAUUGCCACGGCCGCCUAUUUGCGGGCACGCGUGCGUGGCACCACAGAUCGCCAGUCCCUGUGGCAGAUCAUUUGCGAGUAUGUCGAUGAGGCCGGGCGAAAUGUCGCUGCCAAUGGGGGGCAGUAUGUGGCGCCAGCGGGGGCGACUAUAAAUCGACAGCAGCUUAGCUCGCCGGCCCCUUCACGGAAUGUCGGCGGCGGCGGAUUUGUGGCGCCACGGCUGCACAUUACGGCCGAGGACGACGAGGACGCCAGCAUGGAUGUCGAGGGGGCAAGUCCGUGAAAACCAAUCGAUUUAUUUAUAUACAUGUUCUAUAUGCAAAUAAAAC